AUGUCCGGCUCUCAGCAGCAGUCCGACUCCAUGGCGAUGAAGUUUGAAGAGCCCGUCAUUUCGACUGAGCCCCAUAAAAAGGACGAGAUGGGUGUCCAGCUGAAACACCUCGAGAUGAAUGACUCUCAUACCGACGCGCUCGGUAAUCUCGUCUAUGUGAAUGAUGAAGAAGAACCGGAAUUGCAUUUCCGCACUUGGAUUGCACUGGCCUCUGUCGGCCUCGUCCUUUGCGGUCAGGGCAUUGCGUUCCAAGGGCCUCCGACCGUGCUAUCCUUCAUCGGCGCCGACCUGGGAAACCCCGCCGCGCAAACCUGGAUCGUCAAUGCCAUGAGUCUCGUCCAGGCGGUGCUCGGCCCCUUGAUCGCCUCCGCCUCGGAUGUAUUCCAAGUCCGCAAACCUAUCCUGGUCGCUUCCUGUCUAUUGGCCUUGAUCGGCUCAGGAAUUGCACCUGGUUCAACAGACAUCUACAGACUUAUUGGGGCCCAGGCAUUGCUGGGAGUGGGCAUGUCUGCUGUUCCCCUCAGCUACGUCGUUCCCAGCGAGAUAUUGCCCCGAAGAUGGAGGCCGUUGGCUCAAGCGGCGGCGGCGGUCAUCGCAGCUCUCACAGCUAUGAUGGGGCCUCUGUCCAUAGGCGCCUUGACUAAACGCAACCCGCAUAAUGGAUGGAGACAAUUUUAUUGGAUCAUGUUCGCCAUCUGGGGCGCUGGCGCCGUAGGUAUCUUCUUCGGCUACCGACCUCCCAAGCGGCAUACUCGCAUGGAUCACCUCUCGUUCUGGCAAAAGGUCGUCCAUCUUGAUCUCCCCGGUAUGGCACUGCUGGUCAUCGGCUUGACCUUGUUCUCGGUUGGCCUCAGUCUCGGUGGUGGUCUCUAUUCUUGGUCGAAUGCCCGGACCAUCUCUACCAUUGUCGUCGGUUUCGUCGUCUUGGUAGCCUUUGGUCUCUACGAGUGGAAAGGCACCGAUCAUGGCGUGCUGAGCCACGACCUGUUCCGCGGCGGCAAGAGUCAAGGCCGGAACUACGCCAUCCUCAACGGUCUGAUGGUCAUUGAGGCCGUUCUGGGCUUCCCCUUUAUCGUUUUCUACUCCAUUAUGUCUAAUACCUCAUCAAUCAGGACCAACAUGCUCUUCACUACCAAUCCUUUUAUGAUCGCCGUCCGACUACUCCCCUACUGGGGCUUCUUCCUGCUGAGCUGUCCGGUCUGGGGCUUCUUGAGCUCCAAGUUCCGGACGAUCCGCGAGCCCCUAUUCUUUGGAUACUUCUUGUUCACGGCGGGCAAUAUUGGUCUGGCCACGAUCCAGCCUGGUGACAAUGCGAAUCAACUGGCCUUUGCUGCUUUGGCCGGAAUCGGCUUCGGAUCUCCACUGAUUCUGAUCAUCGCGGGGGUCCAAUUGUCCACGCCGCACCAUUUGAUUGCGACCGCAACGGCCGUGACCAACUCGGCUCGCGCGGUGGGCGGCGUCAUUUUCACCGCGGGGUAUGGUGCAGCUCUCGCCAACCGACUCGCGUCCAAGCUCCCGGCGUACGUAGCAGAAGCAGGAGGCAAAGCCGGCCUGGCUCCCGAUGCGCUGCCCGCCUUCAUCGGCGGCAUUUCUACGUACAAUGAGACUAUGCUGGGAGGCGUUGCCGGCGUAACCCCCACCGCCAUCAGCCAAGGCUUCUUGGCGCAGCAGCAUGCUUGGGCCGAUUCGCUUCGUGUGGUGCCCGUCAUCGCUGCCCCCUUUGGUGCGGUGGCCUGCUUUGGCUGUCUGCUCCUAGGUGAUUUGAAGAAGACCAUGACUUACCGAGUUGAUGCUCCCGUGGAGGACUUGCACGCGAAGAACCACCACCGGGAGACGGUCACACCUGCUUAG